CUUCUCCUUUCAAUAAAUUUAGUGGUAUUUCAGUAAUUCAGUUGAGCAAAAUAAUAAUUAAAAAAUCUGGGAUAUUAGGCUGUUACUUCUCUCAUCUUCUGUGAAGCAUUCAAGUAUCAGUAGAAAAAAAAAAAAAGGAAAUUCCCAAUUUCAGACGCAGAGUCAGAGAAAGAGAGAGAAAUUCCGAGACGGAAUGUGCAGCGGGGACGGUCAUUGCAGGCCUUUGGGCUUUCUAUUGGGCCUUCCUUUCGCCCUUCUCUCUCUCCUCAUCUCCAUCGUCGGCAUCGUCGUCUGGAUCGUCGGAUUGUUGUUGUCGUGCAUAUGUCCGUGCUGUUUUUGCGUGACGGUGAUAGUGGAGCUUGCUCUGGAGCUGAUCAAAGCCCCAAUUCAUGUAAUGGAGUGGUUUACUGAUCAAAUCCCUUGUUAAUAUCGGUUUUUAUUCUCCAAAUACUUAAAACAUAUCUUUUGUUUAUCUUGUAUUGGGUUACUGUAUUGAUUAAUUUGAAUACCAUCUUUUUAUAAA